ACUACCUAUCAUCAUUUUAUUGAACCUCGGUUGCUUCCUUUCUCUGAAAGAAAGAUAGAGAAAGAGAGCUCGAUCAGCAAGAAACCAAGUUGCUGCAAGCAAGCACGAGCAUGAAAAACGAUCAAUGGCGACCAAGAAGAGGGAGAUGGUGUUCUUCGACCUGGAGAUGACAGCGGCGGAGACAUCCCCGGAUAGCGAAGAAUGUCACCUGCUCGAGUUCUGCGCCAUCCUCGUCUGCCCCCGGCGCCUUGUCGAGCUCUCCAGCUACUCCACCCUCAUCGGGCCGACCCCCGGCGACCUCGCCGACUCCACCCAGGUCACCUCGGACGAGCUCGCUUGCGUGCCCUUUCCCGACGUCGCCGCUGACAUCUUCGACCUCCUCGACAGCCGCGUCUGGGCGGGCCAUGGCAUCUGUUGCUCCGACAUCUGUGAGGCCUUCGCUGCCGCUGGCAUGGAUGCGCCCGUGCCGGCCGGCAUCAUCGACUCCCUUGACGUGCUCGCCAAAGGGUUUGGGUGGAGAGCAGGGGGGCUCGAGCUGGCAGCGUAUUUUGAAAUCAGCGUCCCUGUGCACCGGUGCCUGGAUAGUGCCAGGAUGAGCCUCGAGGUGCUGAAGCGCUGUGCCGGCGCGCUGCUGCUCGAGUCCAGCCUCCGGGUCGAGCACACCGGCGCCGACACUACCAGGCGGCGGGCAACCAAGUCGACAAGCGCAACUGCGACCAAGCCCGGCAACACGGCCAAGACGACGACGACCACGGCUGCGACGUCCGUGUCGUGCAAGAGGGACAGCAUGGGGAAGGUGGUGGUGAAGAAAGGGAGGACGGCUAGCGGCGGUCAGCGAGUAGGGGCGUCGCCGCGGAGGACACCCUUCAACAUGGUCCUCAGGCACUCGAGAGCUAUCGUCAGACGAUGAUCCAAUAGUAGCAGCACCAAUUGCACAGCUUAACUAUAGUUAUAAUUCAUUCCUUUUUAUCAUUUGUAAACUGUACAUACAGACCACA